CACCCCUCUCAUCCCCUUAUUUAGUUCCAAAGGUCUCUGCAGACACACUGUUUGAAAGACAGAGCCCUUCAUUAAAAAUACAAUAGCUUAUAUUUUAACCUCUUACCUCAACACGAUUCAAACCGGACAACUUUGACUGCCACCAUGAAAUAUUUGGCUCUGGCUUUGCUGCUAUGUGCUCUGGCGUCACUGUCAAACGCAUAUUGCUUCUUAAAGCCCAUGAAACAAGGUGUGACCCAUUGUCAGGACGAUGUGGAUCAGACGUGGCAUGCUGUAGGAUCUUCAUGGAGAAACAGUAACUGUAUGGACUGUGAUUGCAGUGGAUGUUGCUCUGCGUUUUCAAACCCGACUUCUUUCCCUGACUACUGCGAGAAGGUGUUCGACAAUGCGGCUUGUGAAUACAGAGUGCACAGGAAGGACAACCCAUCCGUACCGUGUCCUAUCUAUGACGCGGUAGGGAAGUGAUUGGUCUGAAGGUCUGAAGUGUUUUUGGGGGGGAAUUCAUGAAAGUUGAGAUAUUUUAGUUAAUUUUCUCAUACCGUGGUAACAAAAUGAAAAUAAAUGGCAUUCUCUCUGGCAAGAG